AAUGCACCCCUUCCACCAAAGGCCACAUUUAAAGCACCACCCGCACCAACCCCACACGCUCUCUGGCCCACACUCUUUGAAUACUUCUCCAGCAAGACUCCCAUGCCAGCUCUAAAAACUUCUCUAUAAAACCGCCCACAAUUUCCACAACCCCCCAAACUUUCCGGUAACCCUCAAGACCAAAUGGACCACAACGACGCCGUUUCGGCGGUGCCGAGCUUUAAUUUCCAGCGCCUAAAAGUGAUAUCGCCGCUCGGCCGCGGAGCCAAGGGCGUGGUGUUUCUUGUGAAAGACCAAGAGACGGAGGAGCUCAUGGCUUUGAAGGUAAUUUCCAAGGACUUGAUUCACCGCAAAAGUAAAAACAGCGAAGGCGCCGACGAGUACCGCCGCGUCUGCUUCGAGCAGCAAGUACUACGUCGUUUCGAUCACCCGCUCCUCCCCAAACUGCAUGGAGUCCUCCACACUGAGAAGCUCGUCGGCUACGCCAUCGACUACUGCUCCGGCCGCGAUCUCAACUCUCUCCGGAAGAGACAGACGGAGAGGAUGUUCUCCGAUGACGUCAUCAGAUUUUACGCGGCGGAGCUGGUUCUCGCAUUGGAGUAUUUGCACGGUUUAGGAGUGGUUUACCGGGAUUUGAAACCGGAAAACGUUAUGAUCCAACAGAACGGCCACAUUAUGCUCGUGGAUUUCGAUCUUUCCACCAAGCUCUCGCCGCCGCCGAUCAAGACUCCGAAACCUGCUCCGAAACCGAAUCCGAAAUCCGCUUCCGUCCACAAGAUAAACAAGAAGAAGCGCAGGUCGCUCUUCCACACCUUCUGCAACUCGGGAAUCUCGCCGGACGAUUUGAUCGUACAACCGGAAACCGAAGCGGAAACCAAAACCGCCAAGUCGGAUCACAAAACCGAUUCCGACUCCUCCGGGAAGUCGAACUCGUUCGUCGGAACGGAGGAGUACGUGGCGCCGGAGAUCAUAUCCGCCAACGGCCACGGCUUCGAAGUGGACUGGUGGUCCCUGGGAAUAUUACUCUACGAAAUGCUGUACGGUACGACGCCGUUCCGAGGCCUCAACCGGAAGGAGACGUUUUACCGGAUACUGACGAAGUCACCGGAGCUGACGGGGGAAGCGACGCCGUUAAGGGACUUGAUCAGGAAGCUUCUGGAGAAGGAUCCGAAGCAGAGAAUCGGGUUGGAGGAAAUCAAGGGGCACGAGUUUUUUGUUGGGAUCGGAGGGCGGUGGGACUCGGUGGCGCAACUACCGAGGCCGCCGUAUAUUCCGGAGGAGGAGAACGAGGGUAGGGAUGGAAAUAAGAAAAUAGACGUGGAGUCGGUGGUGGAGGGAAUAUUCGGGGAGAAUAAAUGCGGUGGUGACGAGAAGGAGGAGAAUAAGAACAAUAAGCAUAAAUACGAGGAGGAGGAGAAGAAGGAGAAUGUGAAUAACAAUAGGGUGUGGGAGGAAGAACUCAAUCACAAUCCCACUCAGCCUGAUACGUUUUCUGUUUUCUAACAAAUUCUUUCAUUUCUUUGUUGGUUUCAUUUUUAUUUUUCCUAAUUUUUUUACCUUAAUUUUGGGUAGUAGGCAUAUAUAGACGUAACUUGAAUAAGGUAUAUAUGAUAAGGAAUCAAUGUAAAGAUGAACAUCUAUUGUAGUUUAAAGCUUCUGCAAUAUAGGAGGCUUGAAUUUGUCAAUUAUGAACAGUUUGUAGCUAGGGUAUGGACUGAGUAUGGACUGUCUACUGUGAAUCAACAAAAGUGGGCAUCAGUCUAACCGAGUACUAAUGACUACUAAAAAAAUAUGCAUAUGCGUGCAUUGAUAUAUUGGUUCAUUCUCCUUAUAAAAUAUGCGUUUAUAG